CCUUUUUCCAUUUCAACACCCUAUAAAAUCUCCAUUCAAAUCCUCAAAAGGGGUCAUCUUUAUUGUUUUACCCAACUCUCAAAAUUAGCUCUUUUUCAAAAUUUUAUUCAUCAUCAUAAAAAAAAAAAGGAAAUCCAACUAAAAUAAUGAGAAAGAAUUCCUAUAAUAGCUUAUAAAAAAAUUCCUUUCUUUUUCUCCAACAAUUAUAAAAAUUUUUAGUAACAAAAAUAAAAAAGUCAUCACUUAAUUUUUUUUAAAAAAAUUUUAAAAAAUGGGGAGGUCCCCUUGUUGUGAGAAAUCUCAUACAAACAAAGGAGCAUGGACUAAGGAAGAAGAUGAUAGAUUAAUUGCUUAUAUUAAAGUUCAUGGUGAAGGUUGUUGGCGUUCACUUCCCAAGGCGGCGGGGCUUCUUCGGUGUGGUAAAAGUUGCCGGCUCCGGUGGAUUAAUUACCUUAGACCGGAUUUGAAAAGGGGUAAUUUUACUGAACAAGAAGAUGAACUCAUCAUCAAAUUACAUAGUCUUCUUGGUAACAAGUGGUCUAUAAUAGCCGGAAGAUUAGCAGGAAGAACAGACAAUGAGAUAAAGAAUUAUUGGAAUACUCACAUCAAAAGAAAGCUUCUAAACAAAGGAAUUGACCCACUUACUCAUAGACCCUUAAUUGGAAAUAUUUCAUCUCACUCAGAUUCUUCUCCAACAACAACACCAAAUUCAACUACAACAACAAUCUCAUUUUCUACAACAAAAAUUCCCAAAAAAGAACAAGUUUUGGGAUUAAAAGAUGAGAAAUUUAACCAAAAAAUGCAACAAAACAGAAUAGAAAGAUGCCCUGAUUUGAAUCUUGAUCUUAGAAUCAGUCCUCCAUACCAACAUAAUCAAGAGAUUUUGAAAACAGGGACAAGGAUUUGUUUUACUUGCAGUUUGGGGUUGGAAAAAAGUCAAGAUUGUAAUUGCAGUCAAAAUUGGGUUGCUUGUUGUACUACUAACAAUAACAAUAAUGGUGGAAGUAUCUCUUAUGAUUUCUUUGGGUUGACAACUAAUGGUGCUUUGGACUAUAGAAGGUUGGAGAUGAUGUGAAGGUCUAAUGCAUUUUUACCCUCUUUUUGCUGGAUAUAAAUUGUCUGUCACUUUUUCUUACUUAUGUCUUGUUGAGAAAGUUUCUAUUUUAUUUUAUUUAGAUUAGAUAGGGUCAUUAUUCCGACCACAAUUUAUUUUUUAUAUUUAGAAAUUAAGAAUAUGACAUUAUUAUUAAUGGAGAUAUUGAUAUUAGCCGAUAUUUAAAAUAUAGUACUAGAUUUUUACUAAUUUUCUAUCUUUGAUUAGGAGAAAAAUACUAUUGAUAUUAUAUUAAUGUUGGUAAUUGGUACAAACUAUGAAUCUCGAUUACUAUGUACCAUUUAUAAAAAGAAAUGAAAAAAAUUAUUUAAUUUCAUGUCACUAAUUUAUUGUUUUAAAAUGGUGAAUACACUUGAUGUAAAUGGAACAACCCCAAAUACGAAUUGGGUGAAAAUACUAUGGAAAGGGAUUUGCAAU